AUGCCUGAUCAAGACAGAAAGGUGAAGACAGAAAAAUCAACCGACAAAAAGCAGCAAGGAACCACCACCACCAGGGACUAUUCAGAUCUUAAAAGACUUCGGUGCCUUUUGAACGUCCAGUCAAGCAAACAACAGCUUCCAGCCAUUACCUUCGAUAGUGCCCAAAAUAGCAUGACGAGGUCUGAGCCCGCCAUCAAGGAGGGUGGACACAGAGCUCGAGGUCAGUGGCACGAGUCCACCGAAGCUGUUGAACUUGAGAAUUUUAGUAUAAACUACAAGAAUGAGAGGAAUUUCAGCAAACAUCCCCAGCAUCAACUAUUUCAGGAGAUCUUUACAGCGUUGGUGAAAAAUAGGCUCAUAUGCAGAGAGUGGGUUAAUCGAGCCCCAUCUAUUCACUUUCUGAGAGUGUUAAUCUGUCUGAGACUACUCAUGAGGGAUCCAUGUUACCAGGAAAUACUCUACAGCUUGGGUGGCAUUGAAAGCCUAGCUCAGUACAUGGAGAUCGUGGCCACUGAGUACCUCAGCUACAGCGAGGAGCAGCACAGUGUGGGCAAGCUGGUCAACAUGACGUAUAUUUUUCAAAAGCUUGCUGCUGUCAAAGACCAAAGAGAAUGGGUCACCACGAGUGGCGCCCACAAGACAUUAGUAAAUUUACUCGGUGCCCGAGAUACCAGUGUUCUGUUGGGUGCCCUUCUGGCUCUGGCUAGUUUGGCUGAAAGCCCAGAAUGUAGGGAGAAGAUAAGUGAACUCAACGUUGUAGAAAAUCUGCUGAUGAUUUUACAUGAAUAUGACUUACUUUCCAAAAGGCUGACCGCGGAGCUGCUGCGCCUGCUCUGUGCCGAGCCCCAGGUGAAGGAGCAGGUGAAGCUCUACGAGGGGAUCCCCGUCCUCCUCAGCCUGCUCCACUCGGACCACCUGAAGCUGCUCUGGAGCGUGGUCUGGAUCCUGGUGCAGGUUUGCGAGGACCCCGAGACCAGUGUGGAAAUCCGCAUUUGGGGAGGCAUCAAGCAGCUCCUUCACAUUCUAAGAGGAGACAGGAAUUUUGUCUCUGACCGCUCUUCCAUCGGGAGCCUGUCCAGUGCGAAUGCAGCAGGCCGCAUCCAGCAGCUCCAUUUGUCAGAAGAUCUGAGCCCUCGGGAAAUACAAGAAAACACUUUCUCUCUCCAAGCAGCCUGCUGUGCUGCCCUCACCGAGCUGGUGCUCAACGACACCAAUGCCCACCAGGUGGUGCAGGAGAAUGGUGUGUAUACCAUAGCAAAAUUGAUUUUACCAAACAAACAAAAGAAUGCAGCAAAAACUAAUCUACUACAGUGUUAUGCCUUCAGAGCCUUGAGGUUUCUCUUCAGCAUGGAAAGAAACAGGCCACUCUUCAAAAGACUUUUCCCCACCGACUUGUUUGAGAUCUUCAUUGACAUAGGACAUUAUGUGCGUGAUAUCAGUGCUUAUGAAGAAUUGGUCUCAAAGUUGAAUUUAUUAGUGGAGGAUGAACUGAUGCAAAUUGCUGAAAAUAUUGAAAGUAUUAAUCAGAAUAAAGCUCCUUCGAAAUAUAUAGGCAACUACGCCAUUUUGGAUCAUCUUGGAAGUGGAGCUUUUGGCUGUGUUUACAAGGUUAGGAAGCGUAGUGGUCAAAAUCUCUUAGCAAUGAAAGAAGUCAAUUUACAUAACCCAGCCUUUGGAAAGGAUAAAAAAGAUCGAGACAGCAGUGUGAAGAAUAUUGUUUCUGAAUUAACCAUAAUUAAAGAGCAGCUUUAUCAUCCCAAUGUUGUACGCUAUUACAAAACAUUUCUGGAAAAUGAUAGGUUGUAUAUAGUUAUGGAGCUUAUAGAAGGAGCCCCUCUUGGAGAGCAUUUCAGUUCUCUGAAGGAAAAACAACUUCAUUUUACUGAAGAAAGACUAUGGAAAAUAUUUAUCCAGCUGUGCUUAGCUCUUCGGUAUUUGCACAAGGAGAAGAGAAUCGUCCACAGAGAUGUGACGCCAAACAACAUCAUGCUGGGGGAUAAGGACAAAGUGACAGUGACUGACUUUGGCCUAGCAAAGCAAAAACAAGAGAACAGUAAACUCACAUCUGUUGUUGGAACAAUCCUGUAUUCCUGCCCUGAGGUGCUGAAGAGUGAGCCAUAUGGUGAGAAGGCUGAUGUCUGGGCUGCAGGCUGCAUCCUGUACCAGAUGGCCACACUGAACCCCCCCUUCUACAGCUCCAACAUGCUCUCCCUGGCUACAAAAAUCGUGGAGGCCGUGUAUGAGCCAGUGCCAGAAGGCAUCUACUCUGAAAAAGUGACAGAUACCAUCAGCAGAUGCCUCACUCCUGACGCAGAAGCCCGCCCAGACAUUGUGGAAGUCAGCUCCCUGAUAUCGGAUGUCAUGAUGAAGUAUUUAGAUAGCUUGUCUACAUCCCAGCUGGCCUUGGAGAAGAAACUGGAACGGGAACGGAAGCGCACACAGAGGUAUUUUAUGGAAGCCAACCGGAACACCGUCACGUGUCACCAUGAGCUGGCUCCACUGUCUCAUGAGACCUUCGAGAAGGCAAGCCUGAGCAGCAGCAGCAGCGGGGCAGCCAGCCUGAAGAGCGAGCUUUCGGAGAGCACGGACCUGCCCCCUGAAGGGCUCCAGGCCCCCUGUGGGAGGGAAGACGACAGGGCCUGUGAUGAAAUCCUGUCAGAUGAUACCUUCAACCUGGAAAACAUGGAGAAAGAUAUAUACUCAGAGCUAGACGAUGACUUGGACAUUUCAGACAACUCCAGCAGCUCCAGCUCCAGCCCUUUGAAAGAAUCUACAUUCAGCAUUUUAAAGAGAAGUUUUAGUGCUUCAGGAGGAGAAAGACAAUCCCAAAUGAGGGACUUCACUGGGGGAGUGGUAUCAAGACCAAGACCAGCUUUGCUGCCUCUUGACCUGCUUCUGAAAGUGCCACCCCUCAUGCUCAGAGCCCACAUUAAGGAGGUAGAGGCCGAGCAAGUGACGGGGUGGCAGUCCCACAGCCUCCCCACUGUGAUCCUCCGCAAUCUCAAAGAUCAUGGGCCACAGAUGAGCACAUUCUUGUGGCAAGCAUCUGCAGGGAUCGCUGUGUCCCAGAAGAAAGUCCGUCAGAUCAGUGAUCCCAUUCAGCAGAUCUUAAUUCAGCUGCACAAAAUCAUCUACAUCACGCAGCUUCCUCCGGCGCUGCACCACAAUUUGAAAAGAAGAGUCAUAGAGAGGUUCAAGAAAUCCCUCUUCAGCCAGCAGAGUAACCCUUGUAAUUUGAAAUCUGAAAUUAAAAAGUUAUCUCAGGGAUCUCCAGAACCCAUCGAGCCCAACUUUUUCACGGCGGAUUAUCAUUUAUUACAUCACUCAGCAGGUGGGAACAGUCUGUCCCCAAACGAACCGUCAGGCCUCCCCACCAGCUGUGACUUGGAGGAGGGAAUAACAUAUGAGCAGAUGCAGACUGUGAUUGAAGAAGUCCUAGAGGAAAGUGGUUAUUACAAUUUUUCUUCUAAUAGGUAUCACUCCUAUCCAUGGGGGACCAAGAACCACCCAACCAAACGAUGA